ACAUUUUCUUAAGUCAUUCACUACCAUCAACCCCAUCACCUAGAACAACACAAAGAAAAACAAAUACAAAAAUACAAAAACCCUCUCGGCGAAACCGAAGUUUCGAAAUGAGAAACAAGAACGGUAAAAGAGUUAGAGUUGAGCCAUCGACAAGGACCGUGGCAUCGGUGGUUGCUAAUGGGAGGUUUGAAGGAAGAUCACCAUCGAGCGACACGUUAUCAUCGCAAAACUCGUGCCUGUCGACGACGGAGGACGUGAAGGAGGAGAUUGCAUCGUCGUGGGUUGAUGAAGAAGAGGCGCCGGAUAUGGUGGUGGUGGGAUGUCGAAGAUGUCUGAUGUAUGCUUUGGUCUUACAAGAACGUAAACGUUGCCCCAAGUGCAAAUGCACCGACUUGAUCUUCUUUUAAUUAGAGAAUUUGUUCUAAGCUAUGGUUUCAAUUUGGACUUUUGAGUUUGAGAUGAUGAAUUUUAUUUUCUUUGUAAAGUCCUCUAUAUAAUUAAUCAUAUUAUUUAAGUAUUGAUCUCUAUUUUAAUAUGUAAAAUUGACAGACAGAUCAUUUCUGUUUCUGGCC